GAUAAUUAGUGGGCGCGUCAAGGAAAGGCAGCGGGUUGGCGGGUAAGUGGUGUAGUGGCUGAUCCACGGGCCAGCUUGACGCCUCCGCGGCACCGAAAGUCCACAUCAUCGAGAUUCGCGUGUGCUGUUUGUUGUCUCAGUCUCCGUUGCUGUCCCUCUCUCUUUUUUCCUUACCUUCCUCUCUCCCUCUCAGUAGGUAAUCCAAUCGUUGCAACAGCCGUUAUUCUUGUUGCCUCGUACCUAGUUGGGGGCGGAAAUCAGCAACUCGGCCCCCCCCUUCCGCAGACGGGGGUUUUUUUUGUUGCUUUUUGGCCUUUUUGCGACCUGUUCGUCCCGUCAUCGUUUGCUCGAAACCGUCGGUACCCACAUUGCGACAAUGCUGAAGGCGUAAUAUGAAUGUUCGCGACCCAUUCAACCUACACCGGAACACAGCCUUCAACGUUUUCAAGGUGACGGCUUCCCGCGCUGCCCAAAACAUAAAAGAAAAAGCAGUUGAGGCUGGAGCCACUGCCCUGAACGACAUGGCUUUCAAUGUGCCCAAGAAUGUCCCUUCAUUUAGCAACCCGCAACGAGUUCUCGAAGAUCGCUACUGGGGCGCCUCUGCCGCGAACAGCCGGUCCGGCCGUGGAGGAAACUCCGGCAUCUUUCAAGGCGUGCAGGGACGAGUCGAAGACCUGCUCGGCACCAGGGGCCAGCUCCCUAUGUACAAAGACAAGCCCUAUGCCCACCACGCGAGCCGGAGGUUUCGUCCUCUGUGGCGGAAGAAGCGUUCCAUCCUCGUCACCCUGCUGCUCCUCUUCUCGGGCCUAUGGUUCUUCGGCUUCUUCUCCGAAGGCUCAAAGGCUCGAGAGUCGGCUUCGACAUGGAGGGGCUGGCUCGGCGCUUCCGAGCCUACGGGCAAGAAGGUGGACUGGCUCAAGAGGCGAGAGAGAGUCGUGGAGGCCUUCGAGCUCAGCUGGGACGCCUAUGAACGUUACGCAUGGGGCUAUGACGAGUACCACCCCAUUGCGAAGACCGGUCGACAGAUGGCACCUAAGGGUCUUGGCUGGAUCAUCAUUGAUUCCCUCGAUACCAUGAUGCUGAUGAAUCUGACAACACGCCUGGACCACGCGAGAGAAUGGCUUGCCAAAGACUUGACGUGGGACCAGGACCAGGAUGUCAACACUUUCGAGACCACCAUCAGAAUGCUCGGCGGUCUCCUCUCCGCCCACUACCUGUCGACCGAGUUCCCCGAGCUGGCCGCGAUAAAGGACGACGACCCCGGCGCGGCCGGCGAGGACCUGUACUUGGAGAAGGCAAAGGACCUAGCCGAUCGCCUGCUCAGCGCUUUCGAUUCGCCUUCUGGAGUUCCCUACGCGAGCGUCAACCUGGCUCAGUACAAGGGGAUAGUCUCCCAUGCCGACGGGGGCGCUUCUUCGACCGCCGAGACGACCACUCUGCAGCUCGAGUUCAAGUAUCUGGCCAAGCUCACCGGCGAAAAGGAGUUUUGGGACAAGGUCGAGAGGGUCAUGGAGGUUGUCGACAACAACGGUGCCCAGGACGGCCUCGUGCCCAUCUACAUCUACGCCACGACGGGAGAGUUCAGGGGCGACAACAUUCGCCUCGGCUCCCGCGGUGACUCGUACUAUGAGUACCUGAUCAAGCAGUACCUACAGACGAACAAGCAAGAGCCCAUCUACGAAGAGAUGUGGGAAGAUGCCCUCGACGGCGUGCGCAAACACCUGAUCACUUACAGCAAGCCCUCCGGGUUCACUGUUCUCGGGGAGCGGCCCUCCGGGUUGAACGGCGAGCUGUCCCCCAAGAUGGACCAUCUCGUAUGCUUCAUGCCCGGGACAAUUGCGCUGGGAGCUACAGGUGGCAUCCCGGAGGCAGAGGCCAGACGGCUUCCGACAUGGAACAAGAAAAAGGAUGAGGACAUGAGGCUGGCGCGCGAGCUCAUGCAGACAUGCUGGGGCAUGUAUAAGUGGAUGGCGACCGGACUUGCUGGGGAGAUCACAUACUUCAACAUCGACAAGCCCCCGGCGCCUGCCUCAGCCUCGCACCACCCGCCCAAGGACUUUGACCCCGACCCUCAGGCCAAGUGGCGGCAGGAUUUCGAGGUCCACUCUAACGACGUCCAUAACUUGCAGCGGCCCGAGUCCAUCGAGAGCCUGUUCUACAUGUGGAGAAUCACCGGCGAUCCGAUGUACAGAGAGUGGGGAUGGGAGAUGUUCAAAUCGUUUGUCAACUACACCGCAGUCGAGGACGGUGGUGGUUUCACAAGCUUGAGCAACGCUAACACAAUCCCUCCCGUCGUGCGUGACAACCUCGAGAGCUUCUGGAUGGCCGAGACUCUCAAGUACUUCUACCUUCUGUUCUCGCCCAACGACUUGCUGCCCAUGGACAAGGUCGUCUUCAACACCGAGGCCCACCCGCUUCCCCGUUUCGACAUGGGCAAGUUGUUCAACACUGGCUGGAAGCGGAAACCGCGAGACGCCAACGGAAAGAUUGUUGUCGAGCAAGCAUGAUGAUAUCAUUGACGGCGGCACUCCCUGUGAUGAAGGUCGGGGAGGGUGGUUUGUUUUAUAUAGUAGCAUGCCUGUGUCUUUGAAGCCAUCCUAUUCCAAAUGGCGCGGUCUGGCGUUUUUUGUGGAGAAGAAAUUACAUCUACAAAAGCAAAUGCAGUAAUCGAGUAUCGAUUCACUGGCCUUCUUCUGGCAGUUUGGCAUCCCGUAUCCGUGCGGUCCGCUGGCACGCUCUGGAGGAGAAUAGUCCCC